AUGGCGGAUAGACGCGCUGUAAUUUUAGUAGUUUUCCUUAUAUUUUUUUCAUUUUGUCAUUGCAAAGUGUUCACGCGAUGCCAGUUGACACGGGAGCUGUUAAAAAAUAGUUUCCCAAAGACUUUCCUUAGCAACUGGGUGUGCUUAGUAGAGCAAGAAAGCGACAGGAACACAUCAACACAUAUUGUCAAGACGCCACGAAAACAGUAUUAUGGAUUAUUUCAAAUAGGAAGUGAAUGGUGUAAAGAAGGUCGUAAAGGCGGUAAAUGUAACGUUUCGUGUGAAGCUCUCCUGGAUGAAGAUAUAAAAGAUGAUUGCGCGUGCGCUUCACAAAUAUUUGAAACAGAAGGAUUCAAAUAUUGGUCUAAGUGGGAAGCUCGGUGUAAGGGACAGUCACCAGACAGGCUACCUGACGUACAGAAGUGUCCAGAUUGGCAGUACCCCACGAGAGCGUCACCCGAUAGGUUUAGGCGGACUACAAGGCAAAGACGAUCCAGUUUGAGAUUUUUCAUUGAACCAUAUCAUGUUUUUCUAAGAAAAAGACACAAUGAAGUCAAACCC